AUGGUUAGUAUAUCGGAAUUAAGAAGCAGACUGGCCUCAGCUCAGUCCACAAAAUCAAAAUUGAGGCUUAGCAACCUACAGUGCAUUGACAUCCUGUUGAAAAUAUGUAAAAAAAAAGGUGUUGACCUAAUUACUAGUACAGACGGGAUGUUAUUUUACACUCUUGAAGAGGUUCAAGCAGAAGUAGAAAAUGAACUGUUGUCGAGAGGAGGAAGAAUCCCGAUUUUUGAGCUCAACUCUGUGCUCAAUUUUCAGCCAGACCACAUCGACAGGGCGGUUUCUAACAUAGUUAGACCAGGCGGAGAGUACUUGAACUCCCACGGAGUGAUCAUAAGUAAACAGUAUCUUAACCACCUAAUGUAUUCCGUGAAUGACCGGAUUCAGGAGUGCGGAACCGUUGGCAUAUCCGAACUCUCAAAAGAGUAUGACCUUCCACUAGAAAUGAUACGCUCAUACGUGUCAUCAAACCUCGGGACUGUAAUUAAGGGAAAUAUUAACGGCAAUUCUGUGGAGUCAUUCACUUUUGAGCAGAGGAAGCUGAACAACUUCUUAGCCUCUAUCCUGGCAAUUACAAUGCCCAUUCAAACCAACGAUUUAUCAAGAAUUAUUAACCAGAACAUUAAUACAGUAAACGAUACACUGAAUAACCUGAUUAAACAGGGUAAGGCGAAUGGCGUUAUUAAGGGAAACGAGUUUGUUCCCCAAUGCUACAUCAACUCAGUUGACACCUUUCUAACCAACUAUUAUACCCGUAACGGUUACAUCGAAGUUACUCUCAUAAAUUCAUUUGAUCAUUUCACCAUAAAUACAAGUAACAAACACACUAUUAACGGUGUAAAACACAGUAAAAGCACUAAAACCAGUAAUAAACCCAUAAAACACACUAGUUCAACUGUAAAGAAUGAUACGACGAUGAACUCACAUGGCGGCAUAUUGGAUAAUAGUGUAAAACUGGAAACUGUGUAUAUAAACAAGGAAUUGUUUGAACCAGUUAGUAUCCUAAUAAACGAGGCAAUAAGUAAUCGAAGUUGGAGUGACUUGAGUUCAAUGUUGCCCUCAAUUUUAACAGCAAAUGACUGGUCAAUUGUAGUUUCAACCAUAAAAAACGCGUCAAAAAACGGAACUCUACUCAAUAACUUGUACUUAUCAAACUCAUUCAUCGCAGAUUUAACCAAGUAUUUAAUUAGCACAAUGGACAAACAUAGGGAUAAAAUCGAGGAUUUCAGAAUGGUUUUCUACGAGUCUAAAUUAUCGACAGAACACUUGUUACACUGUUUUAACCUGAUUUUAUCCAAUGAAUUUUCUUAUAAUCAACUUAGUGAAAACACUUUAGAGGUUACCCAGACUCAUUCUCCAUUAGAGUCUAAUAUACCUUCAGAAACAAACUCAUACAUGUCAUCACCAGUGCAUUUAACCAAUGAUUCAUCUUCCGAGGAUAACAAUGAAAAAUAUGUAGAAUUGUAUAGUAUAUUAAGUGACCCUACUGAGUUAUUUGAAAUGAUAGAACUUGAGUUGAAGAAGGAACUUUUGACGGUAAUAGCGAACAUGAAUAAGGUUCUGAGGUCAGAUAAGUCAAAAGUAUCCUCUGAUAAUACUGAAAAGCUUAUUUCAUACUUGAUGGAAUGUGAACUGACUCUAAAAGCGUUUGAUUCAGUAAAUCGUGACAAGGUUGAUACAACGCCCAAGCUGGAAACCUUAAAGUCUGAUACGAAACCGCACAAGGGGGUUGGGAGCCCUGUUAAAUCUACUGAAACUGUUCCAAAACCUGAAAUCCACGUAUUAUUACAGUUCAUGUCCAAGGAAUUGUGUUCCUCAGUGUUCAAACUACUAUUGGAACGUUACUUGACGAACAAUAAGCUAGUCGAGGACCCAGUGAGUGCUGACUCCAAUAACCGCACCAAGUUGAUUGAGUUAAUAGUGGACGAGGAUAUAAAGACUCUUUUUAAGGACUUUGUAACUCACUUAAGGAAUAAAGAUGCACACCAGUGCCUCUUAAUAUCCCGUGACCUUUGUAAGCUGAUGUACAUCAACUACAACGUGAAAAAAGAUUCACGUAACUUUAUUCGCUUAAAACUCACUCACUUUAACCAGCAGCUCUCUUCUCUCACCAAGUUGGACUCUAUUCUCACCUGCUACGCAUCUCUGAACAUCAUAUUAUUGAAGGCGAACCACUACGUGUUCUUCUGUGACAAGCUCUGGUCCAUACGUGAAGUUCUCAAAUUGUUCCACCCAAUUUUAUCCAGUUCACCUAACCUUCCACUCAUUGAGUCCAUUGUUAAACUCAUUGAGCCCUAUGAUUCCUCCAAUUUAUCUCCAGCUAAUAGAACCAACGGCACUCACACAGGUAUUUCAAUCACCCAAAUUUCCUAG